AUGGACUCGGAUACAUAUUUUUCACUGGUUGGAGAAUUAGUUUUAUUGCAUAAAACUGAAAUACAGGACAAAAAGAAAUUAGAAGAGCGAUGGAAAGGAUCAUACUAUAUUCAUGCAGAUCUUGGGAAUGGAGUGUACAAAUUAAGAACAAUGGAUCGCAAAGUACUAAAAGUGCCAAUCAAUGGCGCAAGGCUUAAAAAGUACCACCAAUGUGCACUAUCUGAACCAAUUGUAUUAAUUGAGAAUUGA